UCUGUCAUUUCAGGUGUUCUGCCAGCUCAGGGAAGAUUCGCCUACAAACUGAUGAACGACCUUUUUGUGAAUUACUCCAACGCUCUGCGCCCGGUGGAUGAUAUGGACAAGGCGAUGAACGUCACCCUUCAGGUCACUCUGUCCCAGAUCAUCGACAUGGAUGAGCGGAAUCAGAUCCUGAUGGCGUACCUGUGGAUCCGGCAGGUGUGGUAUGACGCCUACCUUCGGUGGAACAAGGAUGAGUAUGACGGCCUGGACACCAUCCGUAUCCCUAGUAGUUAUGUCUGGAGACCCGAUAUCGUCCUCUAUAAUAGUGCUGAUGACCAGUUCACGGGAUCAAUGGAGACCAACGUUGUGAUUCGGUACGAUGGUCAGAUCAUGUGGGACUCACCGGCCAUCACCAAAAGCUCCUGCAAAGUGGACGUCUCCUUCUUCCCUUUUGAUGGACAGCAAUGUCGCUUGACCUUUGGCUCUUGGACCUACAAUGGUAACCAGAUCGACAUCCUGAACCACCUGGACACGGGAGAUCUGACGGACUUCGUGGAGAACGUGGAAUGGGAGGUUCUGGGGAUGCCAGCCAAGAAAAACAUCAUCACCUAUGGUUGCUGUUCUGAGCCAUACCCCGAUGUCACCUAUACCCUGAUUCUGAAGAGGAGAGCCUCCUUUUACAUCUUCAACCUCCUCCUGCCCUGUGUGAUGAUCUCCUUCCUGGCUCCUCUGGGGUUUUAUCUGCCUGCAGACUCUGGGGAGAAGGUGUCACUGGGUGUCACUGUCCUCCUGGCUCUCACCGUAUUCCAGCUGCUGGUGGCAGAAAGUAUGCCACCCUCAGAAAAUGUGCCACUAAUCGGAAAGUAUUACAUUGCCACAAUGACCAUGAUCACGGCCUCCACCGCCCUCACCAUCUUCAUCAUGAACAUCCACCACUGUGGCCCGGAGGCCAAGCCUGUCCCCAAGUGGGCCAAGAAGUUCAUCUUGCAGUAUAUGUCGCGGAUCUUCUUCGUCUAUGAGGUGGGCGAGAGCUGCAGGAGGCCACAGACUGAGCCUGAGCCAGAGAGGCUUCCCAAAGGUCAGGCCAUAAACGGACAAGCCAAAUGGGAGGAGCCCGUGGUUGUACCGAAGAGCUGUCCAGACAGCAGUUCCAACACCAAGAUGGUGAGGAGGAGAGAUGGACUGGGGAUACGAAGACGGUCAUAAGGCCUGGAAAGAGCCAGGUGGCAAAUACGAAAGCUCUGAUCCCUGCAAGGGUGGGAAGGGGUGCGGGGACCGUGAGUGCUCCAAAAUCCAUUGUCUGUGCCACAAUGAACCUGCUGAAAAACAUUGAGUACAUGGCCAACUGCUUCCGGGAACAAAAGGCCGCUCAGAAACGGACUGGCGAGUGGAAGAAGGUCGCAAAGGUCAUGGACCGCUUCUUUAUGUGGGUGUGUUCUUCAUCAUGGUCUUCUUCAUGAGCAUGCUUAUCAUGGGCAAAGCCAUCUGA